GUAAAAAUUCUUGGUUGGAGAGACAGCGGGAUUGGGGAUUGAAGCUGAUCGAGAAGACGAGCGGGGGGAAAUCAGAGAGGUAGUGAGAGAGAAGAGAGUUCUGUACAGCAGCAUCCGUUCCCAAAGAGGCAACUAUACGUACGGCGUUUCGCGACUGUACCGUCGUAUUCAUAAAUUCGAUCGUCUACUACUGGAGUCUUGACACGCAAGAGUGAAAAGAUAAAAAAAAAAGGAAAGAUGUUUGGUUUGUGGAGGAUGGGAGGAUGGUGGAAGAGAGUGACUUGGAUGGAGAUGAGAAGAGCAAUACUGGUCAUGAUGGUUAUUCAUGGAGUUGCAAUUCUCAUUUUCACUCGUGGUUUUCUGCUUACUCGAACAGAACUUCCCUUUCACAGCAAUUGCUCUGAUCUGUUGCAAUCUCCCUGCUUCUCCUCCGAUGUUAAAGCACAUCUUGACAAUCAAACCCAUUUCAAUUAUCAUCAGUAUUGUUGGACUAGACCACCUAUAAGUCGACUCGUCAUCAUUGUUCUUGAUGCCCUCAGAUUUGAUUUUGUGGCUCCAAGUUCCUUUUUCCCAGAAUCAAAACCAUGGAUGGACAAGUUGCGAGUGCUUCAAAAGCUGGCAUCUGUUAAUGGAUCAUCUGCUAGGAUUUUCAAAGCUUUUGCAGAUCCUCCUACCACUAGCUUGCAGCGCCUCAAGGGCUUGACGACUGGUGGAUUGCCUACUUUUAUUGAUGUUGGGAAUAGUUUUGGUGCUCCGGCCAUUAUUGAAGAUAAUUUGAUUAAUCAGUUGGUUCAAAAUGGGAAACGAGUGUGGAUGAUGGGCGACGAUACAUGGAUUCAGUUGUUUCCUCAUCAUUUUGAAAAGUCGUAUCCUUACCCCUCUUUCAAUGUUAAAGAUCUUCAUACGGUGGACAACGGAUGCAUUGAUCACUUGUUGCCAUCUCUGCAUCAAGAAGAUUGGGAUGUUCUUAUUGCACAUUUUCUUGGUGUGGAUCAUGCUGGGCAUAUAUUUGGUGUUGAUUCCAUUCCAAUGAUAGAAAAACUGGAGCAAUAUAAUAUUGUUCUGGAGAAAGUAGUUGAAGUGCUCGAGAGUCAGUCUGGACCAGGCGGCAUACAUGAGAAUACUUUUCUUGUUGUGAUGGGCGAUCAUGGCCAAACCUUAAAUGGUGAUCAUGGUGGAGGCAGUGACGAAGAGGUUGAGACAUCAAUUUUUGCCAUGAGUUUUAAAAAGCCUCCUUCUCACAUUCCAUCAGAAUUUGAUACCUCAUUUUGUGAAUUAGAUAUGGACAGGAAGAAGGUGUGUGUCAGCUCCAUCCAGCAGGUUGAUUUUGCAGUAACAAUGUCAGCCUUGCUUGGGAUCCCCUUUCCCUUUGGAAGCAUUGGACGUGUCAAUCCUGAGCUAUAUGCUUUGGGUGCUGAUAGUCGAAUGGAAAGCACUACUGUGGGGAGUUUGGAAAGUCAGUCAGCACUUGAGGAAAGCAUGGAGAAUUAUGUGAAUCUGCUUUGCAUUAAUUCUUGGCAGGUGAAAAGAUAUAUAGAUAUCUAUUCAAGUUCAUCAGUCAUCGGUUUCUCUUCUGAAGAUCUGUCGCAGAUAUCACAUUUAUAUGCUCAAGCUGAGAAGAACUGGUCACAUUCUAUUAAGAAUCUAUUGCUACAUAAGAAUGAAGAUCGCAAUGCAUCAUUACCUGCUCUGAAGAGGCAAAUCGAUGCAUAUUAUAAUUUUCUGUCGAGUGUCAUUGAACUAGCACGCUUGAAAUGGACCGAAUUUGAUUUAAAGAUGAUGGCUACUGGUUUCGGGAUAAUGAUAAUAUCACUUUAUAUUCAUUUUCGUGCAAUUAAAAGAGUGAAUAAGGCGUAUAGUAUUCCUCUUUGUGGAUCUGGAGACACUGAGGUUUCUUUCGAGCAAAUUUUUUCUUACAUUGUAUUGGUGAUACGUGCUUGCAGCUUCCUUUCAAAUAGCUAUAUUUUGGAAGAAGGGAAAGUUGCGAAUUUUCUUUUGGCCACAACUGGUUUUCUCAAACUACGACAUUCAAUCAUGAAAAAGCAGAUGCUUCUGGAAGCAGUUACUUUCAUAACAUUAGUCUUCAUUCUCAGAAUUUCCAUAGAAAUUGGACUGUCAAAGCAGGCAGCCACUUCUCAAUUUAUGAGCAGUUCUGCUUCAUGGAUGCUUGCAAUAGCUCCAGGCCAUCCAUUAUGGAAGCAUUUGGUUGAAAUUGUGCCACUGCUAUCUUUAGUCAUAUUGGUUUACAUGCUGUACAUGGUCAUUGCUAGAAGCUCAGCAGAGAAAAUCUGGAAAUAUAUUAUCAUUGGAAGUAUAUUGAACCAUCUCCUCAUCGCAGUGCAAUGGUCCUCAGAAAGUAAUAUGUUCAGUCUAGGUCUUUUAGUUCAAGGAAUUGGAAGGAAUUUCAUCCCUCAAACAAUUUAUGCUUUUGGAUUUGGUCAACUUUUGCUAUUAGUCUUCGCACAAGCCUUCUACAAGGGAAAAACUUUGAAUUGCCAGACAACCUUGGUUAUUAAAACAGUUGGCUUGUUAUCUGCAUGCAGUACAACAAUCAUUAUUUUGUCAGGAAAACAAGGUCCAUUGAUUGCAUUAGCAUCAGUAAUUGGGGGUUAUUGCAUAAUGAGGCUGGAAGCUAUAGAACAGAUCAGAAUGGAUGGAGCUCCUCGAUCCUUUACUUUGGAUCAUCUUUCUGUGACACAAUGGAGCCUUUUAGCCGUGUGUAUGUUUUUUGCCACUGGUCACUGGUGUGCUUUUGAUGGUCUUCGAUAUGGCGCUGCAUUUGUUGGGUUUGACGAAUUUGUUCUUCUUCGCCAAGCAAUUAUUCUUGCGAUUGAGACAUUUGGCUUUUCUCACAUCCUUCCGGUAUUUGGACUUCCAUUUCUUGUCGUGUGCCAAGAUUUACCGGGUCAAACUGAUCAACAGAAGCGUUUAGUUUUUAUGCGGUUGUUUCAAAUAUAUCUGGCACACGGUCUCAUUAUCUCCACGGCUGUAACUGCCACCAUUCUAUGUGUCACUAUUCAAAGAAGGCAUCUAAUGGUUUGGGGACUAUUUGCACCAAAGUUUGUUUUCGACGUGGUGGGCCUUAUCAUCACAGAUGUCCUAAUUUAUUUGGCAUCGCUUUUCUAUUUUGAUCAAAUGGAGGAUGAUAAGCAGCAAAAUGCUGCUAUUAAAGAUGAAUAGAUAGCAGAAUGAAUGAUUUGAAUUUCUAUUCGCUUGAAUGGAAAUGGGAGUAAAUUAGACUGUCAACUAGAGAAACUAUUAUUCAGACAUGCCAAGCACUUUCAGUUCCCUGUUAUGAGCUAACAACCGAGGGACACAUGGUUUCUGGAAUGGAGGAGGAAUUAUUUUAUUUGAUUAUGUACUUUGAUUUUGUUCCUUACUUAGGCAUGUAGUUCUAUCGGAUGCUACAACAAUUAUUAGAACAAGCGGGAAGGUAGUUUCUGCAAACCUGAGAAAUUGUUAUUUUAAAGCAGGAAAUUUACUCUUUCUUAGGAGCACUUAGGUUUCUUGUAUCAAACUAGAGUACCGAUAUGAAUAAACUUUAUGCAGUGGAUUAUUAAGAA